AUGCUGUUCUCGACGGCCCCAAGUGCGGAUAUGGGUGUGCGACCGAGCCAACAACUGCAAGACCAGCUUUACAACCUUCGGAAUCCGCAAGUGCCGGCACAGCAGCAGAAGCAACAGCUGCCUGAUGUGCCACAAAUGACCGAUCAGCGUGCCGUCACCGAGGAGAAGAACAGCCAGAAGGAGGAGGACAUGAAGAAACAGAAGGAGGAGGAUAUGAAGAUGCUUGUGCGCAUGCGUUGCCUACUAGCCGACGUGUCCUUUUUGGACCUCCAAUGGCGCAUGCGUCUCAUGGAACAGAGCUCCGCAAACGAGAAGAGGGGAUAA